CGCAUAUCGCACAUCGUUGAUUAUUUUCUCAUUACACCACAUAACGCUGGGAAAAUUUCGCACAUAUACAUAUAAAUACAUAUAUAUAUAUGCGCACGUAUACAAAGUACUUGGACUUUUGCAGCUCGUGAACAACAAACAAUGGAGGAACUGUUAAACGAUGUGGUGCCCCAAGAAGAUCUAGAGCGAUUCGAAAGGAAAUAUCAACAAGAAAAUAAAGUUAAUGGCGAAGUCUCAAUUGAAACCAAAUUUGAAUAUGCUUGCUGUUUGGUGCGAAGUCGCUACACCAAUGACAUUAGAAAGGGCAUUAUGAUAUUGGAGGAUCUGGCUCAUGUGCAUCCGGAAGGAAAACGUGAUUAUAUCUAUUAUCUUGCAUUUGGCAAUGCACGGAUUAAAAACUAUACCGAGGGCUUGAAAUAUUGCAGAGCAUUUCUCGAUAUUGAGUCGAAUGAUCAAGUUCGCGCUUUGGAGGAGCACAUCAAGAAACAGAGUGACAAAGAGGUUGCCAAGGGUAUGGCUGUGGCUGGAGGAGCUGCUCUGGUGCUUGGUAGCAUCAUAGGACUUGGAAUCGCAAUGGCUAGAAAGUAAA